AUGGGUCCAACAGAAGGACCAUCAACUUCAUUGGCGACACCGACACCAUCACCUGCACCUGAGGAAUGCCCAUCUAUUGAUUUGAUGGAAGAUUCAGGAGUUGGUCUGUCAAUAUCAUAUGACGAUGAGAUAAUAUCAGCUGACACUUUGAUUGGUCUUCAAAGCUCGGAUGACAAUCGAAAACUAACUGUAACACCGUCAUCGACCAUAACGAUUUCACUUACCCAGGUAUCAAGACUUGUGUCAAUCAAUGUGAAUGGAGACAAUAUUCAGGAGAUUACUUUGACUUAUACAGAUGAAAUCACAAACCAGAUAAAAACGGUAACUGCUGUUGCAAAUCAAGUGACACCAUUAAACUAUGACAUAGCCGGAGAAAUAGAAAUCUCUUUUACUGCAUCGAAUGAGGACAUUGAUGUUUCUGUUGAUAAGAUAGAAUUAAUUGCAUGUGAACAGUCAACCUCAGCAGGUCCAACCACUGUUUCAUCAGCUACAUCGGGACCUCCGAUGACAAGUGGAAUCACAGGUUUACCAAGUAUAACGACAGUGCCACUAGUAGGUCAAACAGGAGGACCACCAUCUACUACAGCAGUUCCAUCGACGACAGGUGCAACAGAAGGAACAACAUCUUCAACGGUAGCAGAACCAUCAGGUUCAACUUCAGGUGCACCGAGUACAACGACAGCACCAUCGACAGGUCCAACAGAAGGACCAUCAACUUCAAUGGCGACACCGACACCAUCACCUGCACCCGAGGAAUGCCCAUCUAUUGAUUUGAUGGAAGAGUCAGGAGUUGGUCUGUCAAUAACAUAUGACGAUGAGAUAUUAUCAGCUGACACUUUGAUUGGUCUUCAAAGCUCGGAUGAUAAUCGAAAACUAACUGUAACACCGUCAUCGACCGUAACGAUUUCACUUACCAAGGUAUCAAGACUUGUGUCAAUCAAUGUGAAUGGAGACAAUAUUCAGGAGAUUACUUUGACUUAUACAGAUGAAAUCACAAACCAGAUAAAAACGGUAACUGCUGUUGCAAAUCAAGUGACACCAUUAAACUAUGACAUAGCCGGAGAAAUAGAAAUCUCUUUUACUGCAUCGAAUGAGGACAUUGAUGUUUCUGUUGAUAAGAUAGAAUUAAUUGCAUGUGAACAGUCAACCUCAGCAGGUCCAACCACUGUUUCAUCAGCUACAUCGGGACCUCCGAUGACAAGUGGAAUCACAGGUUUACCAAGUAUAACGACAGUGCCACUAGUAGGUCAAACAGGAGGACCACCAUCUACUACAGCAGUUCCAUCGACGACAGGUGCAACAGAAGGAACAACAUCUUCAACGGUAGCAGAACCAUCAGGUUCAACUUCAGGUGCACCGAGUACAACGACAGCACCAUCGACAGGUCCAACAGAAGGACCAUCAACUUCAAUGGCGACACCGACACCAUCACCUGCACCCGAGGAAUGCCCAUCUAUUGAUUUGAUGGAAGACUCAGGAGUUGGUCUGUCAAUAACAUAUGACGAUGAGAUAAUAUCAGCUGACACUUUGAUUGGUCUUCAAAGCUCGGAUGAUAAUCGAAAACUAACUGUAACACCGUCAUCGACCGUAACUGCUGUUGCAAAUCAAGUGACACCAUUAAACUAUGACAUAGCCGGAGAAAUAGAAAUCUCUUUUACUGCAUCGAAUGAGGACAUUGAUGUUUCUGUUGAUAAGAUAGAAUUAAUUGCAUGUGAACAGUCAACCUCAGCAGGUCCAACCACUGUUUCAUCAGCUACAUCGGGACCUCCGAUGACAAGUGGAAUCACAGGUUUACCAAGUAUAACGACAGUGCCACUAGUAGGUCAAACAGGAGGACCACCAUCUACUACAGCAGUUCCAUCGACGACAGGUGCAACAGAAGGAACAACAUCUUCAACGGUAGCAGAACCAUCAGGUUCAACUUCAGGUGCACCGAGUACAACGACAGCACCAUCGACAGGUUCAACAGAAGGACUAUCAACUUCAAUGGCGACACCGACACCAUCACCUGCACCCGAGGAAUGCCCAUCUAUUGAUUUGAUGGAAGACUCAGGAGUUGGUCUGUCAAUAACAUAUGACGAUGAGAUAAUAUCAGCUGACACUUUGAUUGGUCUUCAAAGCUCGGAUGAUAAUCGAAAACUAACUGUAACACCGUCAUCGACCGUAACUGCUGUUGCAAAUCAAGUGACACCAUUAAACUAUGACAUAGCCGGAGAAAUAGAAAUCUCUUUUACUGCAUCGAAUGAGGACAUUGAUGUUUCUGUUGAUAAGAUAGAAUUAAUUGCAUGUGAACAGUCAACCUCAGCAGGUCCAACCACUGUUUCAUCAGCUACAUCGGGACCUCCGAUGACAAGUGGAAUCACAGGUUUACCAAGUAUAACGACAGUGCCACUAGUAGGUCAAACAGGAGGACCACCAUCUACUACAGCAGUUCCAUCAACGACAGGUGCAACAGAAGGAACAACAUCUUCAACGGUAGCAGAACCAUCAGGUUCAACUUCAGGUGCACCGAGUACAACGACAGCACCAUCGACAGGUCCAACAGAAGGACCAUCAACUUCAAUGGCGACACCGACACCAUCACCUGCACCCGAGGAAUGCCCAUCUAUUGAUUUGAUGGAAGACUCAGGAGUUGGUCUGUCAAUAACAUAUGACGAUGAGAUAAUAUCAGCUGACACUUUGAUUGGUCUUCAAAGCUCGGAUGAUAAUCGAAAACUAACUGUAACACCGUCAUCGACCGUAACGAUUUCACUUACCAAGGUAUCAAGACUUGUGUCAAUCAAUGUGAAUGGAGACAAUAUUCAGGAGAUUACUUUGACUUAUACAGAUGAAAUCACAAACCAGAUAAAAACGGUAACUGCUGUUGCAAAUCAAGUGACACCAUUAAACUAUGACAUAGCCGGAGAAAUAGAAAUCUCUUUUACUGCAUCGAAUGAGGACAUUGAUGUUUCUGUUGAUAAGAUAGAAUUAAUUGCAUGUGAACAGUCAACCUCAGCAGGUCCAACCACUGUUUCAUCAGCUACAUCGGGACCUCCGAUGACAAGUGGAAUCACAGGUUUACCAAGUAUAACGACAGUGCCACUAGUAGGUCAAACAGGAGGACCACCAUCUACUACAGCAGUUCCAUCGACGACAGGUGCAACAGAAGGAACAACAUCUUCAACGGUAGCAGAACCAUCAGGUUCAACUUCAGGUGCACCGAGUACAACGACAGCACCAUCGACAGGUUCAACAGAAGGACUAUCAACUUCAAUGGCGACACCGACACCAUCACCUGCACCCGAGGAAUGCCCAUCUAUUGAUUUGAUGGAAGACUCAGGAGUUGGUCUGUCAAUAACAUAUGACGAUGAGAUAAUAUCAGCUGACACUUUGAUUGGUCUUCAAAGCUCGGAUGAUAAUCGAAAACUAACUGUAACACCGUCAUCGACCGUAACUGCUGUUGCAAAUCAAGUGACACCAUUAAACUAUGACAUAGCCGGAGAAAUAGAAAUCUCUUUUACUGCAUCGAAUGAGGACAUUGAUGUUUCUGUUGAUAAGAUAGAAUUAAUUGCAUGUGAACAGUCAACCUCAGCAGGUCCAACCACUGUUUCAUCAGCUACAUCGGGACCUCCGAUGACAAGUGGAAUCACAGGUUUACCAAGUAUAACGACAGUGCCACUAGUAGGUCAAACAGGAGGACCACCAUCUACUACAGCAGUUCCAUCGACGACAGGUGCAACAGAAGGAACAACAUCUUCAACGGUAGCAGAACCAUCAGGUUCAACUUCAGGUGCACCGAGUACAACGACAGCACCAUCGACAGGUCCAACAGAAGGACCAUCAACUUCAAUGGCGACACCGACACCAUCACCUGCACCCGAGGAAUGCCCAUCUAUUGAUUUGAUGGAAGACUCAGGAGUUGGUCUGUCAAUAACAUAUGACGAUGAGAUAAUAUCAGCUGACACUUUGAUUGGUCUUCAAAGCUCGGAUGAUAAUCGAAAACUAACUGUAACACCGUCAUCGACCGUAACGAUUUCACCUACCCAGGUAUCAAGACUUGUGUCAAUCAAUGUGAAUGGAGACAAUAUUCAGGAGAUUACUUUGACUUAUACAGAUGAAAUCACAAACCAGAUAAAAACGGUAACUGCUGUUGCAAAUCAAGUGACACCAUUAAACUAUGACAUAGCCGGAGAAAUAGAAAUCUCUUUUACUGCAUCGAAUGAGGACAUUGAUGUUUCUGUUGAUAAGAUAGAAUUAAUUGCAUGUGAACAGUCAACCUCAGCAGGUCCAACCACUGUUUCAUCAGCUACAUCGGGACCUCCGAUGACAAGUGGAAUCACAGGUUUACCAAGUAUAACGACAGUGCCACUAGUAGGUCAAACAGGAGGACCACCAUCUACUACAGCAGUUCCAUCGACGACAGGUGCAACAGAAGGAACAACAUCUUCAACGGUAGCAGAACCAUCAGGUUCAACUUCAGGUGCACCGAGUACAACGACAGCACCAUCGACAGGUCCAACAGAAGGACCAUCAACUUCAAUGGCGACACCGACACCAUCACCUGCACCCGAGGAAUGCCCAUCUAUUGAUUUGAUGGAAGACUCAGGAGUUGGUCUGUCAAUAACAUAUGACGAUGAGAUAAUAUCAGCUGACACUUUGAUUGGUCUUCAAAGCUCGGAUGAUAAUCGAAAACUAACUGUAACACCGUCAUCGACCGUAACUGCUGUUGCAAAUCAAGUGACACCAUUAAACUAUGACAUAGCCGGAGAAAUAGAAAUCUCUUUUACUGCAUCGAAUGAGGACAUUGAUGUUUCUGUUGAUAAGAUAGAAUUAAUUGCAUGUGAACAGUCAACCUCAGCAGGUCCAACCACUGUUUCAUCAGCUACAUCGGGACCUCCGAUGACAAGUGGAAUCACAGGUUUACCAAGUAUAACGACAGUGCCACUAGUAGGUCAAACAGGAGGACCACCAUCUACUACAGCAGUUCCAUCGACGACAGGUGCAACAGAAGGAACAACAUCUUCAACGGUAGCAGAACCAUCAGGUUCAACUUCAGGUGCACCGAGUACAACGACAGCACCAUCGACAGGUCCAACAGAAGGACCAUCAACUUCAAUGGCGACACCGACACCAUCACCUGCACCCGAGGAAUGCCCAUCUAUUGAUUUGAUGGAAGACUCAGGAGUUGGUCUGUCAAUAACAUAUGACGAUGAGAUAAUAUCAGCUGACACUUUGAUUGGUCUUCAAAGCUCGGAUGAUAAUCGAAAACUAACUGUAACACCGUCAUCGACCGUAACUGCUGUUGCAAAUCAAGUGACACCAUUAAACUAUGACAUAGCCGGAGAAAUAGAAAUCUCUUUUACUGCAUCGAAUGAGGACAUUGAUGUUUCUGUUGAUAAGAUAGAAUUAAUUGCAUGUGAACAGUCAACCUCAGCAGGUCCAACCACUGUUUCAUCAGCUACAUCGGGACCUCCGAUGACAAGUGGAAUCACAGGUUUACCAAGUAUAACGACAGUGCCACUAGUAGGUCAAACAGGAGGACCACCAUCUACUACAGCAGUUCCAUCGACGACAGGUGCAACAGAAGGAACAACAUCUUCAACGGUAGCAGAACCAUCAGGUUCAACUUCAGGUGCACCGAGUACAACGACAGCACCAUCGACAGGUUCAACAGAAGGACUAUCAACUUCAAUGGCGACACCGACACCAUCACCUGCACCCGAGGAAUGCCCAUCUAUUGAUUUGAUGGAAGACUCAGGAGUUGGUCUGUCAAUAACAUAUGACGAUGAGAUAAUAUCAGCUGACACUUUGAUUGGUCUUCAAAGCUCGGAUGAUAAUCGAAAACUAACUGUAACACCGUCAUCGACCGUAACUGCUGUUGCAAAUCAAGUGACACCAUUAAACUAUGACAUAGCCGGAGAAAUAGAAAUCUCUUUUACUGCAUCGAAUGAGGACAUUGAUGUUUCUGUUGAUAAGAUAGAAUUAAUUGCAUGUGAACAGUCAACCUCAGCAGGUCCAACCACUGUUUCAUCAGCUACAUCGGGACCUCCGAUGACAAGUGGAAUCACAGGUUUACCAAGUAUAACGACAGUGCCACUAGUAGGUCAAACAGGAGGACCACCAUCUACUACAGCAGUUCCAUCGACGACAGGUGCAACAGAAGGAACAACAUCUUCAACGGUAGCAGAACCAUCAGGUUCAACUUCAGGUGCACCGAGUACAACGACAGCACCAUCGACAGGUUCAACAGAAGGACUAUCAACUUCAAUGGCGACACCGACACCAUCACCUGCACCCGAGGAAUGCCCAUCUAUUGAUUUGAUGGAAGACUCAGGAGUUGGUCUGUCAAUAACAUAUGACGAUGAGAUAAUAUCAGCUGACACUUUGAUUGGUCUUCAAAGCUCGGAUGAUAAUCGAAAACUAACUGUAACACCGUCAUCGACCGUAACUGCUGUUGCAAAUCAAGUGACACCAUUAAACUAUGACAUAGCCGGAGAAAUAGAAAUCUCUUUUACUGCAUCGAAUGAGGACAUUGAUGUUUCUGUUGAUAAGAUAGAAUUAAUUGCAUGUGAACAGUCAACCUCAGCAGGUCCAACCACUGUUUCAUCAGCUACAUCGGGACCUCCGAUGACAAGUGGAAUCACAGGUUUACCAAGUAUAACGACAGUGCCACUAGUAGGUCAAACAGGAGGACCACCAUCUACUACAGCAGUUCCAUCGACGACAGGUGCAACAGAAGGAACAACAUCUUCAACGGUAGCAGAACCAUCAGGUUCAACUUCAGGUGCACCGAGUACAACGACAGCACCAUCGACAGGUCCAACAGAAGGACUAUCAACUUCAAUGGCGACACCGACACCAUCACCUGCACCCGAGGAAUGCCCAUCUAUUGAUUUGAUGGAAGACUCAGGAGUUGGUCUGUCAAUAACAUAUGACGAUGAGAUAAUAUCAGCUGACACUUUGAUUGGUCUUCAAAGCUCGGAUGAUAAUCGAAAACUAACUGUAACACCGUCAUCGACCGUAACUGCUGUUGCAAAUCAAGUGACACCAUUAAACUAUGACAUAGCCGGAGAAAUAGAAAUCUCUUUUACUGCAUCGAAUGAGGACAUUGAUGUUUCUGUUGAUAAGAUAGAAUUAAUUGCAUGUGAACAGUCAACCUCAGCAGGUCCAACCACUGUUUCAUCAGCUACAUCGGGACCUCCGAUGACAAGUGGAAUCACAGGUUUACCAAGUAUAACGACAGUGCCACUAGUAGGUCAAACAGGAGGACCACCAUCUACUACAGCAGUUCCAUCGACGACAGGUGCAACAGAAGGAACAACAUCUUCAACGGUAGCAGAACCAUCAGGUUCAACUUCAGGUGCACCGAGUACAACGACAGCACCAUCGACAGGUCCAACAGAAGGACCAUCAACUUCAAUGGCGACACCGACACCAUCACCUGCACCCGAGGAAUGCCCAUCUAUUGAUUUGAUGGAAGACUCAGGAGUUGGUCUGUCAAUAACAUAUGACGAUGAGAUAAUAUCAGCUGACACUUUGAUUGGUCUUCAAAGCUCGGAUGAUAAUCGAAAACUAACUGUAACACCGUCAUCGACCGUAACUGCUGUUGCAAAUCAAGUGACACCAUUAAACUAUGACAUAGCCGGAGAAAUAGAAAUCUCUUUUACUGCAUCGAAUGAGGACAUUGAUGUUUCUGUUGAUAAGAUAGAAUUAAUUGCAUGUGAACAGUCAACCUCAGCAGGUCCAACCACUGUUUCAUCAGCUACAUCGGGACCUCCGAUGACAAGUGGAAUCACAGGUUUACCAAGUAUAACGACAGUGCCACUAGUAGGUCAAACAGGAGGACCACCAUCUACUACAGCAGUUCCAUCGACGACAGGUGCAACAGAAGGAACAACAUCUUCAACGGUAGCAGAACCAUCAGGUUCAACUUCAGGUGCACCGAGUACAACGACAGCACCAUCGACAGGUCCAACAGAAGGACCAUCAACUUCAAUGGCGACACCGACACCAUCACCUGCACCCGAGGAAUGCCCAUCUAUUGAUUUGAUGGAAGACUCAGGAGUUGGUCUGUCAAUAACAUAUGACGAUGAGAUAAUAUCAGCUGACACUUUGAUUGGUCUUCAAAGCUCGGAUGAUAAUCGAAAACUAACUGUAACACCGUCAUCGACCGUAACUGCUGUUGCAAAUCAAGUGACACCAUUAAACUAUGACAUAGCCGGAGAAAUAGAAAUCUCUUUUACUGCAUCGAAUGAGGACAUUGAUGUUUCUGUUGAUAAGAUAGAAUUAAUUGCAUGUGAACAGUCAACCUCAGCAGGUCCAACCACUGUUUCAUCAGCUACAUCGGGACCUCCGAUGACAAGUGGAAUCACAGGUUUACCAAGUAUAACGACAGUGCCACUAGUAGGUCAAACAGGAGGACCACCAUCUACUACAGCAGUUCCAUCGACGACAGGUGCAACAGAAGGAACAACAUCUUCAACGGUAGCAGAACCAUCAGGUUCAACUUCAGGUGCACCGAGUACAACGACAGCACCAUCGACAGGUCCAACAGAAGGACCAUCAACUUCAAUGGCGACACCGACACCAUCACCUGCACCCGAGGAAUGCCCAUCUAUUGAUUUGAUGGAAGACUCAGGAGUUGGUCUGUCAAUAACAUAUGACGAUGAGAUAAUAUCAGCUGACACUUUGAUUGGUCUUCAAAGCUCGGAUGAUAAUCGAAAACUAACUGUAACACCGUCAUCGACCGUAACUGCUGUUGCAAAUCAAGUGACACCAUUAAACUAUGACAUAGCCGGAGAAAUAGAAAUCUCUUUUACUGCAUCGAAUGAGGACAUUGAUGUUUCUGUUGAUAAGAUAGAAUUAAUUGCAUGUGAACAGUCAACCUCAGCAGGUCCAACCACUGUUUCAUCAGCUACAUCGGGACCUCCGAUGACAAGUGGAAUCACAGGUUUACCAAGUAUAACGACAGUGCCACUAGUAGGUCAAACAGGAGGACCACCAUCUACUACAGCAGUUCCAUCGACGACAGGUGCAACAGAAGGAACAACAUCUUCAACGGUAGCAGAACCAUCAGGUUCAACUUCAGGUGCACCGAGUACAACGACAGCACCAUCGACAGGUCCAACAGAAGGACCAUCAACUUCAAUGGCGACACCGACACCAUCACCUGCACCCGAGGAAUGCCCAUCUAUUGAUUUGAUGGAAGACUCAGGAGUUGGUCUGUCAAUAACAUAUGACGAUGAGAUAAUAUCAGCUGACACUUUGAUUGGUCUUCAAAGCUCGGAUGAUAAUCGAAAACUAACUGUAACACCGUCAUCGACCGUAACUGCUGUUGCAAAUCAAGUGACACCAUUAAACUAUGACAUAGCCGGAGAAAUAGAAAUCUCUUUUACUGCAUCGAAUGAGGACAUUGAUGUUUCUGUUGAUAAGAUAGAAUUAAUUGCAUGUGAACAGUCAACCUCAGCAGGUCCAACCACUGUUUCAUCAGCUACAUCGGGACCUCCGAUGACAAGUGGAAUCACAGGUUUACCAAGUAUAACGACAGUGCCACUAGUAGGUCAAACAGGAGGACCACCAUCUACUACAGCAGUUCCAUCGACGACAGGUGCAACAGAAGGAACAACAUCUUCAACGGUAGCAGAACCAUCAGGUUCAACUUCAGGUGCACCGAGUACAACGACAGCACCAUCGACAGGUCCAACAGAAGGACCAUCAACUUCAAUGGCGACACCGACACCAUCACCUGCACCCGAGGAAUGCCCAUCUAUUGAUUUGAUGGAAGACUCAGGAGUUGGUCUGUCAAUAACAUAUGACGAUGAGAUAAUAUCAGCUGACACUUUGAUUGGUCUUCAAAGCUCGGAUGAUAAUCGAAAACUAACUGUAACACCGUCAUCGACCGUAACUGCUGUUGCAAAUCAAGUGACACCAUUAAACUAUGACAUAGCCGGAGAAAUAGAAAUCUCUUUUACUGCAUCGAAUGAGGACAUUGAUGUUUCUGUUGAUAAGAUAGAAUUAAUUGCAUGUGAACAGUCAACCUCAGCAGGUCCAACCACUGUUUCAUCAGCUACAUCGGGACCUCCGAUGACAAGUGGAAUCACAGGUUUACCAAGUAUAACGACAGUGCCACUAGUAGGUCAAACAGGAGGACCACCAUCUACUACAGCAGUUCCAUCGACGACAGGUGCAACAGAAGGAACAACAUCUUCAACGGUAGCAGAACCAUCAGGUUCAACUUCAGGUGCACCGAGUACAACGACAGCACCAUCGACAGGUCCAACAGAAGGACCAUCAACUUCAAUGGCGACACCGACACCAUCACCUGCACCCGAGGAAUGCCCAUCUAUUGAUUUGAUGGAAGACUCAGGAGUUGGUCUGUCAAUAACAUAUGACGAUGAGAUAAUAUCAGCUGACACUUUGAUUGGUCUUCAAAGCUCGGAUGAUAAUCGAAAACUAACUGUAACACCGUCAUCGACCGUAACUGCUGUUGCAAAUCAAGUGACACCAUUAAACUAUGACAUAGCCGGAGAAAUAGAAAUCUCUUUUACUGCAUCGAAUGAGGACAUUGAUGUUUCUGUUGAUAAGAUAGAAUUAAUUGCAUGUGAACAGUCAACCUCAGCAGGUCCAACCACUGUUUCAUCAGCUACAUCGGGACCUCCGAUGACAAGUGGAAUCACAGGUUUACCAAGUAUAACGACAGUGCCACUAGUAGGUCAAACAGGAGGACCACCAUCUACUACAGCAGUUCCAUCGACGACAGGUGUAACAGAAGGAACAACAUCUUCAACGGUAGCAGAACCAUCAGGUUCAACUUCAGGUGCACCGAGUACAACGACAGCACCAUCGACAGGUCCAACAGAAGGACUAUCAACUUCAAUGGCGACACCGACACCAUCACCUGCACCCGAGGAAUGCCCAUCUAUUGAUUUGAUUGAAGACUCAGGAGUUGGUCUGUCAAUAACAUAUGACGAUGAGAUAAUAUCAGCUGACACUUUGAUUGGUCUUCAAAGCUCGGAUGAUAAUCGAAAACUAACUGUAACACCGUCAUCGACCGUAACUGCUGUUGCAAAUCAAGUGACACCAUUAAACUAUGACAUAGCCGGAGAAAUAGAAAUCUCUUUUACUGCAUCGAAUGAGGACAUUGAUGUUUCUGUUGAUAAGAUAGAAUUAAUUGCAUGUGAACAGUCAACCUCAGCAGGUCCAACCACUGUUUCAUCAGCUACAUCGGGACCUCCGAUGACAAGUGGAAUCACAGGUUUACCAAGUAUAACGACAGUGCCACUAGUAGGUCAAACAGGAGGACCACCAUCUACUACAGCAGUUCCAUCGACGACAGGUGCAACAGAAGGAACAACAUCUUCAACGGUAGCAGAACCAUCAGGUUCAACUUCAGGUGCACCGAGUACAACGACAGCACCAUCGACAGGUCCAACAGAAGGACCAUCAACUUCAAUGGCGACACCGACACCAUCACCUGCACCCGAGGAAUGCCCAUCUAUUGAUUUGAUGGAAGACUCAGGAGUUGGUCUGUCAAUAACAUAUGACGAUGAGAUAAUAUCAGCUGACACUUUGAUUGGUCUUCAAAGCUCGGAUGAUAAUCGAAAACUAACUGUAACACCGUCAUCGACCGUAACUGCUGUUGCAAAUCAAGUGACACCAUUAAACUAUGACAUAGCCGGAGAAAUAGAAAUCUCUUUUACUGCAUCGAAUGAGGACAUUGAUGUUUCUGUUGAUAAGAUAGAAUUAAUUGCAUGUGAACAGUCAACCUCAGCAGGUCCAACCACUGUUUCAUCAGCUACAUCGGGACCUCCGAUGACAAGUGGAAUCACAGGUUUACCAAGUAUAACGACAGUGCCACUAGUAGGUCAAACAGGAGGACCACCAUCUACUACAGCAGUUCCAUCGACGACAGGUGCAACAGAAGGAACAACAUCUUCAACGGUAGCAGAACCAUCAGGUUCAACUUCAGGUGCACCGAGUACAACGACAGCACCAUCGACAGGUCCAACAGAAGGACCAUCAACUUCAAUGGCGACACCGACACCAUCACCUGCACCCGAGGAAUGCCCAUCUAUUGAUUUGAUGGAAGACUCAGGAGUUGGUCUGUCAAUAACAUAUGACGAUGAGAUAAUAUCAGCUGACACUUUGAUUGGUCUUCAAAGCUCGGAUGAUAAUCGAAAACUAACUGUAACACCGUCAUCGACCGUAACUGCUGUUGCAAAUCAAGUGACACCAUUAAACUAUGACAUAGCCGGAGAAAUAGAAAUCUCUUUUACUGCAUCGAAUGAGGACAUUGAUGUUUCUGUUGAUAAGAUAGAAUUAAUUGCAUGUGAACAGUCAACCUCAGCAGGUCCAACCACUGUUUCAUCAGCUACAUCGGGACCUCCGAUGACAAGUGGAAUCACAGGUUUACCAAGUAAAACGACAGUGCCACUAGUAGGUCAAACAGGAGGACCACCAUCUACUACAGCAGUUCCAUCGACGACAGGUGCAACAGAAGGAACAACAUCUUCAACGGUAGCAGAACCAUCAGGUUCAACCUCAGGUGCACCGAGUACAACGACAGCACCAUCGACAGGUCCAACAGAAGGACCAUCAACUUCAAUGGCGACACCGACACCAUCACCUGCACCCGAGGAAUGCCCAUCUAUUGAUUUGAUGGAAGACUCAGGAGUUGGUCUGUCAAUAACAUAUGACGAUGAGAUAAUAUCAGCUGACACUUUGAUUGGUCUUCAAAGCUCGGAUGAUAAUCGAAAACUAACUGUAACACCGUCAUCGACCGUAACGAUUUCACUUACCCAGGUAUCAAGACUUGUGUCAAUCAAUGUGAAUGGAGACAAUAUUCAGGAGAUUACUUUGACUUAUACAGAUGAAAUCACAAACCAGAUUAAAACAGUAACUGCUGUUGCAAAUCAAGUGACACCAUUAAACUAUGACAUAGCCGGAGAAAUAGAAAUCUCUUUUACUGCAUCGAAUGAGGACAUUGAUGUUUCUGUUGAUAAGAUAGAAUUAAUUGCAUGUGAACAGUCAACCUCAGCAGGUCCAACCACUGUUUCAUCAGCUACAUCGGGACCUCCGAUGACAAGUGGAAUCACAGGUUUACCAAGUAUAACGACAGUGCCACUAGUAGGUCAAACAGGAGGACCACCAUCUACUACAGCAGUUCCAUCGACGACAGGUGCAACAGAAGGAACAACAUCUUCAACGGUAGCAGAACCAUCAGGUUCAACUUCAGGUGCACCGAGUACAACGACAGCACCAUCGACAGGUCCAACAGAAGGACCAUCAACUUCAAUGGCGACACCGACACCAUCACCUGCACCCGAGGAAUGCCCAUCUAUUGAUUUGAUGGAAGACUCAGGAGUUGGUCUGUCAAUAACAUAUGACGAUGAGAUAAUAUCAGCUGACACUUUGAUUGGUCUUCAAAGCUCGGAUGAUAAUCGAAAACUAACUGUAACACCGUCAUCGACCGUAACGAUUUCACUUACCCAGGUAUCAAGACUUGUGUCAAUCAAUGUGAAUGGAGACAAUAUUCAGGAGAUUACUUUGACUUAUACAGAUGAAAUCACAAACCAGAUAAAAACGGUAACUGCUGUGGCAAAUCAAGUGACACCAUUAAACUAUGACUUAGCCGGAGAAAUAGAAAUCUCUUUUACUGCAUCGAAUGAGGACAUUGAUGUUUCUGUUGAUAAGAUAGAAUUAAUUGCAUGUGAACAGUCAACCUCAGCAGGUCCAACCACUGUUUCAUCAGCUACAUCGGGACCUCCGAUGACAAGUGGAAUCACAGGUUUACCAAGUAUAACGACAGUGCCACUAGUAGGUCAAACAGGAGGACCACCAUCUACUACAGCAGUUCCAUCGACGACAGGUGCAACAGAAGGAACAACAUCUUCAACGGUAGCAGAACCAUCAGGUUCAACUUCAGGUGCACCGAGUACAACGACAGCACCAUCGACAGGUCCAACAGAAGGACCAUCAACUUCAAUGGCGACACCGACACCAUCACCUGCACCCGAGGAAUGCCCAUCUAUUGAUUUGAUGGAAGACUCAGGAGUUGGUCUGUCAAUAACAUAUGACGAUGAGAUAAUAUCAGCUGACACUUUGAUUGGUCUUCAAAGCUCGGAUGAUAAUCGAAAACUAACUGUAACACCGUCAUCGACCGUAACGAUUUCACUUACCCAGGUAUCAAGACUUGUGUCAAUCAAUGUGAAUGGAGACAAUAUUCAGGAGAUUACUUUGACUUAUACAGAUGAAAUCACAAACCAGAUAAAAACGGUAACUGCUGUUGCAAAUCAAGUUACACCAUUAAACUAUGACAUAGCCGGAGAAAUAGAAAUCUCUUUUACUGCAUCGAAUGAGGACAUUGAUGUUUCUGUUGAUAAGAUAGAAUUAGUUGCAUGUGAACAGUCAACCUCAGCAGGUCCAACCACUGUUUUAUCAGCUACAUCGGGACCUCCGAUGACAAGUGGAAUCACAGGUUUACCAAGUAUAACGACAGUGCCACUAGUAGGUCAAACAGGAGGACCACCAUCUACUACAGCAGUUCCAUCGACGACAGGUGCAACAGAAGGAACAACAUCUUCAACGGUAGCAGAACCAUCAGGUUCAACUUCAGGUGCACCGAGUACAACGACAGCACCAUCGACAGGUACAACAGAAGGACCAUCAACUUCAAUGGCGACACCGACACCAUCACCUGCACCUGAGGAAUGCCCAUCUAUUGAUUUGAUGGAAGACUCAGGAGUUGGUCUGUCAAUAACAUAUGACGAUGAGAUAAUAUCAGCUGACACUUUGAUUGGUCUUCAAAGCUCGGAUGAUAAUCGAAAACUAACUGUAACACCGUCAUCGACCGUAACGAUUUCACUUACCCAGGUAUCAAGACUUGUGUCAAUCAAUGUGAAUGGAGACAAUACUCAGGAGAUUACUUUGACUUAUACAGAUGAAAUCACAAACCAGAUAAAAACGGUAACUGCUGUUGCAAAUCAAGUUACACCAUUAAACUAUGACAUAGCCGGAGAAAUAGAAAUCUCUUUUACUGCAUCGAAUGAGGACAUUGAUGUUUCUGUUGAUAAGAUAGAAUUAGUUGCAUGUGAACAGUCAACCUCAGCAGGUCCAACCACUGUUUUAUCAGCUACAUCGGGACCUCCGAUGACAAGUGGAAUCACAGGUUUACCAAGUAUAACGACAGUGCCACUAGUAGGUCAAACAGGAGGACCACCAUCUACUACAGCAGUUCCAUCGACGACAGGUGCAACAGAAGGAACAACAUCUUCAACGGUAGCAGAACCAUCAGGUUCAACUUCAGGUGCACCGAGUACAACGACAGCACCAUCGACAGGUCCAACAGAAGGACCAUCAACUUCAAUGGCGACACCGACACCAUCACCUGCACCCGAGGAAUGCCCAUCUAUUGAUUUGAUGGAAGACUCAGGAGUUGGUCUGUCAAUAACAUAUGACGAUGAGAUAAUAUCAGCUGACACUUUGAUUGGUCUUCAAAGCUCGGAUGAUAAUCGAAAACUAACUGUAACACCGUCAUCGACCGUAACGAUUUCACUUACCCAGGUAUCAAGACUUGUGUCAAUCAAUGUGAAUGGAGACAAUAUUCAGGAGAUUACUUUGACUUAUACAGAUGAAAUCACAAACCAGAUAAAAACGGUAACUGCUGUUGCAAAUCAAGUUACACCAUUAAACUAUGACAUAGCCGGAGAAAUAGAAAUCUCUUUUACUGCAUCGAAUGAGGACAUUGAUGUUUCUGUUGAUAAGAUAGAAUUAGUUGCAUGUGAACAGUCAACCUCAGCAGGUCCAACCACUGUUUUAUCAGCUACAUCGGGACCUCCGAUGACAAGUGGAAUCACAGGUUUACCAAGUAUAACGACAGUGCCACUAGUAGGUCAAACAGGAGGACCACCAUCUACUACAGCAGUUCCAUCGACGACAGGUGCAACAGAAGGAACAACAUCUUCAACGGUAGCAGAACCAUCAGGUUCAACUUCAGGUGCACCGAGUACAACGACAGCACCAUCGACAGGUACAACAGAAGGACCAUCAACUUCAAUGGCGACACCGACACCAUCACCUGCACCUGAGGAAUGCCCAUCUAUUGAUUUGAUGGAAGACUCAGGAGUUGGUCUGUCAAUAACAUAUGACGAUGAGAUAAUAUCAGCUGACACUUUGAUUGGUCUUCAAAGCUCGGAUGAUAAUCGAAAACUAACUGUAACACCGUCAUCGACCGUAACGAUUUCACUUACCCAGGUAUCAAGACUUGUGUCAAUCAAUGUGAAUGGAGACAAUACUCAGGAGAUUACUUUGACUUAUACAGAUGAAAUCACAAACCAGAUAAAAACGGUAACUGCUGUUGCAAAUCAAGUUACACCAUUAAACUAUGACAUAGCCGGAGAAAUAGAAAUCUCUUUUACUGCAUCGAAUGAGGAUAUUGAUGUUUCUGUUGAUAAGAUAGAAUUAAUUGCAUGUGAACAGUCAACCUCAGCUGGUCCAACCACUGUUUCAUCAGCUACAUCGGGACCUCCGAUGACAAGUGGAAUCACAGGUUUACCAAGUAUAACGACAGUGCCACUAGUAGGUCAAACAGGAGGACCACCAUCUACUACAGCAGUUCCAUCGACGACAGGUGCAACAGAAGGAACAACAUCUUCAACGGUAGCAGAACCAUCAGGUUCAACUUCAGGUGCACCGAGUACAACGACAGCACCAUCGACAGGUCCAACAGAAGGACCAUCAACUUCAAUGGCGACACCGACACCAUCACCUGCACCUGAGGAAUGUCCAUCUAUUGAUUUGAUGGAAGACUCAGGAGUUGGUCUGUCAAUAACAUAUGACGAUGAGAUAAUAUCAGCUGACACUUUGAUUGGUCUUCAAAGCUCGGAUGAUAAUCGAAAACUAACUGUAACACCGUCAUCGACCGUAACGAUUUCACUUACCCAGGUAUCAAGACUUGUGUCAAUCAAUGUGAAUGGAGACAAUAUUCAGGAGAUUACUUUGACUUAUACAGAUGAAAUCACAAACCAGAUAAAAACGGUAACUGCUGUUGCAAAUCAUGUGACACCAUUAAACUAUGACAUAGCCGGAGAAAUAGAAAUCUCUUUUACUGCAUCGAAUGAGGACAUUGAUGUUUCUGUUGAUAAGAUAGAAUUAAUUGCAUGUGAACAGUCAACCUCAGCAGGUCCAACCACUGUUUCAUCAGCUACAUCGGGACCUCCGAUGACAAGCGGAAUCUCAGGUUUACCAAGUAUAACGACAGUGCCACUAGUAGGUCAAACAGGAGGACCACCAUCUACUACAGCAGUUCCAUCGACGACAGGUGCAACAGAAGGAACAACAUCUUCAACGGUAGCAGAACCAUCAGGUUCAACUUCAGGUGCACCAAGUACAACGACAGCACCAUCGACAGGUCCAACAGAAGGACCAUCAACUUCAAUGGCGACACCGACACCAUCACCUGCACCUGAGGAAUGUCCAUCUAUUGAUUUGAUGGAAGACGCAGGAGUUGGUCUGUCAAUAACAUAUGACGAUGAGAUAAUAUCAGCUGACAUUUUGAUUGGUCUUCAAAGCUCGGAUGAUAAUCGAAAACUAACUGUAACACCGUCAUCGACCGUAACGAUUUCACUUACCCAGGUAUCAAGACUUGUGUCAAUCAAUGUGAAUGGAGACAAUAUUCAGGAGAUUACUUUGACUUAUACAGAUGAAAUCACAAACCAGAUAAAAACGUGCGAGUCAAAUCAAAAUUGA